UUUUUAAUAUAGUUCUAAUUCACUAAUUAGUCCGUUGACGCUAAAGUACAAAGCCAUCAGAAUGUUGAACUUGUACAUGUUUCUUUCAGUUUGUCUAAGUACAACAUACACCGUAAAAGCAGAUUAUGGUGCAUUUUACAAUGGCUAUCCACAAUCAUACUGGAGUCCUCCAUCCCCAUUACCUGUCAACACUGGAUGGAAUAAUAAUAAUUAUUGGGGUAACUUUCAGCCGCUCUGGACGCCACCAAAACAAUAUUAUCCACCACAAAAUAAUGGAUUUAAUUACAAUUCUAAUUACAACGGAUUUAAUAAUUAUAACAAUGGAAACUUUGUUUCCUAUGGCCCAUAUGAGGGUGCAACUGUAUACGUUCAAAAUGGUGAACUCUUUAUCAACGGCAAAAAAAUUCCGGGAUAUGUAGAAAACCAAGCAACUGUCAUUAAAUAUGGUAAAGGUAUUCUCACAGUCAACGGUGAAAGAAAAAAAGAAUUUGACGGUAUAGCAGGCACAGGAACUAUAGAAUUAGGAACUAACUCCGACUAUGUCGACGACAACGAUGAUGACGAUGACGAAGACGAAGACGAAGAAGAAGAUGAAGAUGAAAAUCAUAGUUAUACAAUACCAGGUGGAAGUUAUAUGGGAAUGCGGGGCCCGAACGUUAACACAAAUCAAUACGGAAACACGUAUAAUAAUCAACAAUGCCCAGGAUGUACAUUAGGAAGAUUGGUGGCAGAUAGAUUAAAAAAUGAAAUUACUAAAAUAGUAAUGGGACAUGAUGGAAUAAAAAACGACGUUCCCAGUGGUAACUUUCAACCGCUUUGGACGCCACCAAAACCAAAUUACCCAACACAAAAAAAUGGAAUGAAUUACAACUCUAAUAACAUUGGAUUUAAUAAUUAUAACAACGGAGGUCGACCAAUUUCUGACUCCGAUGAUGGCGAAGACGAGAAUCAAACUUAUACAACACCAGGAAGUUAUAUGGGAAUGCAGGGCCCAAACGUUAACACGAAUCAAUACGGAAACGCGUAUAAUAAUCAACAAUGCCCAGGAUGUACAUUAGGAAGAAUGGUGGCAGAUAGACUAAAAAAUGAAAUUACUAAAAUAGUAAUGGGACAUGAUGGAAUAAAAAACGACGUUCCCAAUGGUAAAGAAAUGAGUAAUAAAGGAAUGAAGAUCGGUGGUCCACAUGGUUUGAAAACGGGCAAUCAAAUGUUUUCAGUAAAAGUAUGAUGAUGUAUGGCGGAUUUGGAGCAAUAGAAGAUAUUCAGUGUCUAAAAUAUAAUAUUAUGUAAAAAACAACAAAUCAACCAAAUUAUUAUAAUUCUGUAUUAGUUUUGAUGAUAAUAUAAUUUCAAUGUUUAAUAGUAUUAAAAUGUCAUACAAUUAUUUC